AGGCAAGUCAGUUAAGAAAUUCCGAUUUACAAUGACGACCUACCGGGAAACAGUUGGUUAACUGCCUUGUUCAGGGGCAGAACGACAGAUUUUGACCUUGUCAUCUCGGGGAUUCGAUACAGCAAUUUUUCGGUUACGGGCCCAACGCUUUUCGGUUACCGCCCCAGUUAGUCUUGCGAUACUUUAUUAAUUUGAGCCAAAGCCUGUCACUCAUUCAAUCAAUCCUUAUCAUAAUUCGUUUUUAAUGCAUCUGGAAGAAUCUCAGGACUUUCAUCUCAUCAGGAAUCUCAAGGAAUAUAAAUCAGGCAUUGAGUAUGCACACCUAAAAUAUGCGUAAUAAAGGUCCUAAAACUCACAGAGUGCCCACUGCGCAUGUGUUCUCAAAGUUGCUGUUGCAGAAAGCAAGCAAAUACCAGAAAUAAGGCAUUGGUGAGCUAACAACAUAACCAAAAUAUCUAUGUUCGAUCAUCUCGCUAAAAUGACGUUUUCGCAAAUGCCUUUCUCUUGACUUCGCGGGGACAUGGUGAGGAGAGCGUUUCCCAUGUUGCAUUAGUGGAAGUGUGACAUGCUGGCCUGUCUGCCAGCUUCAUCAGGUGAACCUACCCCCCGAUUUCUCUCCCACACGCAGAUGAACACUGGACUUCAGCAAUGGGAUACUACACAGAAGAUGAAAUCUGCCAACUAUCCAACCCCAGCAGAAUUGGAUGCCUUUGCUAAGAAAGUCGCCAACAAUCCUCUGACCAUAAAGAUCUUCCCCAACAGUGUCAAAGUACCACAGAGGAAGCACAUCCGCCGCACUGUGAACGGGUUGGACACAUCCAGCUCCAGCCAGCGCCAGAGUUCUUACCCGUCUCAGGUCAGCAGCACCAGAGCGGGCCUCCUGGCCGUCCUCCGCACUUCGCCUGGCAAAGGCGUCCUCACAGACACGGACAGCAGCCGAGCCCAUCUGCUUCCCAAACCAUCCAUGAACCUCCACAGCGGGCCAUACGUUGCUCAGAGCACUUUAAACCUCCCCCAGCCUGUCCCCCACCUCCAGGGCAUGUCUCAAACCCAGCCCCAGGCAUUGGCACAGAAACAGGGCCAUCCACAGCAUGCUCUGCAGCACAACAUGCCUCACCCCAUGACUUCACAGCCACCGAAUAUGCCUCAAACUUUACAGCAACAGAACAUGGCCCACACUCAAACUUUACAGCUGCAACAAAGCUUGUCCCAGCUGCAAACGGUACAGCACAAUGUCCAGCGGCAGCAGAGUUUGCCUCACACGCAGACUUUACAACAGCAGCAGCAGCAAAAUCAGACUCGGCCACAAACCUUACAACAGCAGCAGCAACAACCGCAGCAUAUUCUUCGUCCUCCAACUCUGCAGGACCAGACUCUUCCCCACCAACAAGCUUUACUACAGCAGGCUCGGGCUCAAGGUCUCCGGCACCUGCCUGAGGUAGCCCAGGCCCAGCCGCCACCUAGUCUGCAACUUUCCCAGGGCCUGCAGCACCCCCACUGCCUGCCCCAGUCACAGCCUCUCCCCCAGGGCCUGCGACACCUGUCUGAUGUGGCCCAGCCACCCAGUCUGCAACAUUCCCAGGGCCUCCCCCCAUCUCAGCCUCUCCCCCAGGCCUCCAGUGCUGGCCCUGGCUCCCCCUCUGCUUCCAAUGCCCUGCAACCCCAGCCAGGCCCCCCCUAUGGCCCCAGGAAGCUGCCAGAUGCAGACGCCCCACCAAACGUAACCGUAUCUACCUCCACCAUCCCACUGUCCAUGGCGGCCGGCCUGCACCACAACCGGCCGGGCACUGACCUGAGCAGCAUCGUGCACCAGAUCAACCAGUUCUGCCAGGCUCGGGCUGGACUAGGCGCCACCUCGGUGUGCGAGGGCCAGAUUGCCAACCCCAGCCCCAUCAGCCGUAACCUCCUCAUCAAUGCCAGUUCCAGGGUCAACACACCCCACAACUUUGGCCUCCUUCCCUCGUGCCUGCUGGGCCACACAGAGAAAGCCCCUGGAGGGUCCCAGGGCCCUGCUGGUGCUAAUGGCCUACAGCCCAACAUGGCUGUCAUGAACCGGAUGCCACCUACUUUCCACACUGACACGAAGAAGCAGUUACAGCAGCAGCAGUUACAGCAGCAGCAGUUACAGCAGCAGCAGUUACAGCAAUUACAGCAGCAGCAAUUACAGCAGCAGCAAUUACAGCAGCAGCAAUUACAGCAGGCUCACCAGCAUCAACAUCAGUUACAGCAGCUCCAACAGGUUCACCAGCAGCAGCAACAACAUCAUCAGUUACAGCAGCAACAUCAGCUCCAACAGCAGCAAAUCCAACAGCAGCGCUCCUGGAACCAGCACCAGCUGGCUCACAUGCAGCAUCUGCCUGAUGAAGCCCAACCCUGCAAGAACCCCAGGAGGGAAGCCCCCUCUGGGCCUGGCUUCCCUGCCAAGACCCACAAUUACCCCCAAAAGCUGCUGGCCCCGCAGCCACAAUCUUUCCCCAUUAAACACCCAUCAGACAAGACAACCCCCUCGCCCCCCGUCACCGGCCCAGCGGGCGGCACCAUGCCAAGCUACACCAACGAGCGCUACUUGCAGGUUCCAUGGGACAGCGUCCUACAAGCAGCCGAAAGUGACGGUCUAGGCCCACAGGAUUUGCCCAUGGCCUUCCAGGGGGGCCCGGAAGGGGCCUCCAUAGACUGCAGCACACCAGGAUCACAGUAUCGACCUGGAGCCAGACCCGGGGUCCCAGACCUGGGUCAGACCAAGCUGAUGCAGCAGAAUGUGUCUGAUUACCUGUCUGGGGAUUUCCAGGCGUUCCAGCAGAACCCAGGCGCCAUGGGGAAGAUGCACAGGCCCCCCAUGGGUAGAGCUCCAGCCCAGAGCCCAGAGCUAGAAGUCACACAUUCUCGCCCCUCUCCAGAAGAAGUAGACUGCUCUUAUGACACUGAUGAACUCGCCAAUGAAACACAGGUAAUCAAGUGGUGUAUACUCAACAGGAAAUAUAGGCUUGCAAAGCAGAUAGAUCAAAUGUCAGCCUCUGUUAUAAGUCUUUGAUAAAUAUAGUAUUUGGCAAAGACAAUGCAUAAAGAAAUUGUGUAUCUGUCAGAAAAUAAAUGUUAUAUAAUUUUUUUUUGGGGGGGGAUAAGGUGUAUAUUAGGUGUAUACAUAUUUGGGGAAUUUUUGGUCAGUAAGAGACUCAAUUGUCCUUCCUUUCUGUAGGAGCCCACUGGUGAAGAUGCCCAGGUAUACCACGUAAGUCAGGAAGUUCGUCAAGAAUAUCUUUUUCAUUAAAAAAAAAAAUGUUACCUUUAUCUUACUGGCAAACUUGUACCACUUCUCCUCGAGAAGUCUGUGAAGAGGAUCAGCAUGUCAAGAUGAUUCUAGUGGAAGCAGGGUAGGACAUUUAAAGAAAGUCACUCUGAGAACACACCUAUACUAUACUGUAUAUGGGUCGUUGCACGAAAUUAGUGUUUUUUGAUAUUUUAAGUAGAAAUUGUGAACCAAUAUUGAAUUUUAAAAGCCUGUCAUAUUAAAUUAAGUGCCAUUUAAUAUAGACCACAUGGAGAAUCCAAUAAAUCUGUUUUUUUAUAUGAAUAAAGGCUUGCUAAAGUGCCAAAAUUCAGCGUUUUGACACCUUCCGCCGUCAACUGUGUCACUUCUAGGAAGAUUUUAACACACUCAAUCCCAAAAUGUAUGCAGUUUCACCAUUACUGAAAAGCCUUAGUUAUUGUGUUGCUUUGACAAUGUAAUUUCUGAAGACUAUUAUUUAAAUAAUACGUUAUAUUUAACCAUGUUGUUGUUAUGUUGCUACCAUGCUGUGUUGUCAUGUGUUGCUGCCUUGCUAUGUUGUUGUCUUAGGUCUCUCUUUAUGUAGUGUUGUGUUGUCUCUCUUGUUGUGCUGUGUGUUUUGUCCUAUAUUUAUAUUGUAUUUAUUUUGUAUUUUUAAUACCAGGCCCCCAUUCCCAAAGGAGGCCUUUAGGUAGGCUGUCAUUAUAAAUAAUAAUUUGUUCUUAACUGACUUGCCUAGUUAAAUAAAGGUUAAUUAAAUUAAAAUA